AUGCCUCCUACCCUCGAAAAGAUUGAUACAACAUCCCGCACCACUUCCAACAAGCCUGCUCAACCCGCAAUGGCUCCAGAGACCCCCGUUACACUAUCAGCAGAGGAAACCCAAGCUUACAAGGACGUCUUCGCUCUGUUUGACAAGGAUGGAAGUGGCACCAUCACCGCCGCCGAACUUGGCGAUAUCAUGAAGUCGUUGGGUCAGAAUCCCUCCGAGUCAGAGCUACAAGACAUGAUCAAUGAAGUCGACGUCGACCACAGCGGCAGCAUCGAUUUCGAUGAAUUCCUCAAGAUGAUGUCUCAGACAGUCAAGGCGACCGAUUUUGCCCACGAGACUCGUGCUGCUUUCAAUGUCUUCGACAAGGAUGGUAGUGGUACCAUCUCCGCCGAUGAGCUUCGCCAGGUCAUGAAAUCUCUUGGCGAGAACCUUACGGAUGAGGAAAUCGACGAGAUGAUCCGUGAGGCUGACAAGGAUCGAAAUGGAACGAUAGAUUACGAGGAAUUCGUCCAGCUUCUCUCUCCCAAGUAG